CUUUUCUUUUUGCUCUUGCUCAACAAAUGGUACCUUGCCCUCCAUUUUCAAUAAUACUUUUCUAAACUGUUUUCGUUUCGCCUCGUCUCGACUUCCUUCACUUUGGCUCGACUCCUUGCUCGUGUCCCUCUUUCAACGAGUAGAUUCAUUUUAUCUCUUACAUUACCCUACCCUACAUUACCUCACAUCACUUUUACAUCGCAUCACCUCACACAUCGAGAGACUGAACAACACCAGUCCCCCGCCCUCUUUCCACGUCUACCUCCAUUCAACAUUCGUGAGGAUUGAGACAAUUGCUACAUCGACCCUAGGGGAUAAAAAGGGCACCGAUCAUGGCCUGGCAACUCAAGAACAAGCGCCUCCAGUCCGUCGGGGCCAGCAGCAGUAUUGCCAACCCUGCCCAUAGCAUCACCGCCGCCUCCGCUUCUUCUGCCUCAAACCACCUCCAGCUGCAUCUCGACACGGGCGAUGACAUGGUCCGCCAGUCCGCCACAUCCCAAACUGACACACAAAAGACGACAUUCAUGCGAUGGGUCAACGUUCAACUCGCCACCACAGCCAUUUACGGCCCUAUGUCCACUAUCGAACGGGACUUCCGCGACGGAAAACGACUUAUCGGUCUCCUCGAGGUCAUCUCGAAGGAACCCCUCAAGCCUGAGCGAGGCAACAUGCGCAUUCAUCAAAUGGCCAACGUCUCAAAGGCACUCUCGUUCCUGGAAAAGCGGACGAAUGAGCCCUUGGGCUCAAUCGGAAACGAGGAUAUCGUCGAUGGAAACGUCAAGUUGACCCUUGGUCUUAUCUGGAUCAUAAUUUAUCGUUUCCAGAUCCAGCAGAUUGCCAAUACCAUGGGCGAGCUGUACCCGUCUAUGAUCGAGGAUAUGAACAACAUGGAAAGCGAGGAGAGUAGCAACGUAACGAUAAUAGCAGGAAUCAAGCUCAAAAAGAAGGGUGCCUCGCAGCACCAAGUUGACGCCAAACAGGCCUUGCUGCGCUGGGUGCGAUAUGAGCUCGAGGAUUAUUCAGACAUCAUCCCGCCUAUCCAGGAUUUCCACCGAUCCUGGAAGACAGGCCUUGCCUUUGCUGCAUUAAUCCACCGACACGAUCCUCAUAUCCUUCCAGACUUCUAUAACUCCAUCCUGCAGGUGCCACACGAGAACAUCGAUCAAUGGCGGAGCACCCUUACGACCGCAUUCGAUGCCGCAUUUGAGAAGAUGGCAGUCCCGAGACUUCUGGAUCCAGAGGACUUGAUCGACAUGGAAACACCGGACGAACGAUCGGUUAUGACCUAUGUGUCCGAAUAUUACCUCAUUAUGUCAAAGUUGGAGCGGGAACAGGAUCCAGCCAAGGCAGAGGAACUGCAUGCACAACGAGUUCAGGCCAAGGAAGAGCGUCUGACUGUCGCUGUAGAGGACCAACAGGUAGAAUUGCUGAGGGUUCUGGAAGAAGAAGAAAUCAAGAAGCGCGAAGAACAGGAAGAGCUGGAGCGAAUCCGUCUUCGACGUAUGGAAAUCGAGGGCUGGUCCAUCCGCGCGGCAGAACGGGCCAGGGAAGAAGAAGAGGCGCGCAGGAAACGAAAGGAAGAGGAGGAAGAAAAGAGUCGACAGAGGCAGUUGAGGCGUGAACAACGCGAGCGUGAGCAGGCCAAGCUGCUUCAAAAGGCGAGGCCUCACCGGAGAACGCUGUCGUCUGCAAGUUUCAGCCUACCCGAAUUUUCAUUUCAUGAGGAGGGUGAGCCUGGAUUACCGAGAAUAGAGGCUGAGGCCAUGGAUCCGGAAGAACUGCAAAGGCGGCGGGAGGAGUUGGAUUCGAAGCUGGAACUUUACAUGCAGCAGACCACCGAGCUUCUGGCAUGGCUUGCACGACAGGAGGAGGAUUUCCCGAUGACACCGGAUACAGCUGCGCCGUUGGACCGCACAAAGGACAUGGAGCCAUUCAAGCAGGCGAUCGAGAAGGCCGAGGAGCGGCGCCUGAAGAGGGAGAACGAACUAGUACCUAAAUUUCAUUCUGCACGCGAAGAACUUUUGGAUUUCGAAUCGCCAGAAUUAACGUCGGAACAAGUUGCGGAGGUCGACAGGAACUGGUGGAGUAUCGAUGCCAGCAUCAACACCCUUCGACAAAAGACCGCCAAAGCUAAAGAUGCGCUCCAGGAGAUGCAAUGGAUCCUCGAGUGCUCGCAGGAGAUCGAUCGGAUCCUCACCGAUAUCCAAAGAUUCGAGGAUCAGCUCCGGGCAGCAGCGGAGAAGCGAUCGCAGGACACACUUACGAACCGAGCACAACUCUCGCUUUUAGAUCAUCAGGACUCGAACCUGUUCUCGAUCCGCGUGCUGCUCAAGAAGUAUGCGGAUAUCUUGUCGACCCUACUAGAUUCGAAUACGUACACUCCCCCGGAACACCUCACGCAAAGCACGACAGACAUCUGUGAUCAGCGUCUAUCUCGACUGCAUUCGGAUCUGGAUAGUGCUCAACAUGAUUUUGCGAACGACCGUCUGUUGAGGGCUUUCUUGAGCACACUGGAUCUGUCGGAGGAAUGGGUGCUAAAGAGCGCUGAGUGGCUGGCGAGUCUUAAGGAGCCGAGUUUUGUUUCUGAGGACGUUUGGAAGGGCGGCGACAGCCUUAAGGGCUUCCUGGCGCGGGACCAGGCUCAGGAUGAGAACCUGGAGCAAUUGCAGUCCGAGAUGGACGAGCUCAAGGUCAGGUUGGAAGAGGAGCAGACUAAAGUGGCUGAAUUCCGAGCGAAUGAACUGGUGAAGCUGGAGGAGGAUUCUCAGGCUGUUAUCAAGGGCAUGGAAGAAACACACGACACCACGACAGAGGAUACUACGAAAGCUGUACAGGACAUGAUGGAGGAAUUCACCGAUGACCUGAAGAGGAUCGAGGUGAUGUUACCAAAGGAACAGGGACGUUGUGUUUAUGCGAUGCGUGUGCUGGAUUAUCUAUUCUCAAUGCGUGCUACGCUAUCGCAUCUCGAAUCCGCGUUCAACGCUGUCAACAGCUGGGUGAUUACACAGCCGGGCAAGGAAGUCGAGGCUGCCGUCCGUCAAGUGGAGGCAAGCCGUGAUCAGCUGGAAACAACAUUCAAGGCAGAAGAUGUUCAGCCAGUCGUCUGGGAGUCAAUUCAGAUCCGACAUGCGGCAUUCUCGAAUCUCGUUCGGGAUCUGCGUGCGACCUUUGAUGAAAAGCAGGAUAUCCUCAAGGCGAAUCAACAGAUGAAGGCGUUCUUGGAACUCACAGGGCUAUGUCAGACAGCCCUUCGUGAGUUCCGGGCGCAACUUUGGAACGACGCUCCGUUCAAGGGAUUUGUGUCCAAAGAUGCCACUCCGUUCGAGGAAUACGAGGAUCUAGUUGAGGGUGUCGGGCAGUCGUUCGAUGAAUUUGAGAGCGCGGGAUAUGUAAAGUACCAAGAGGCAGCGGAUGCGAUGGUAGCCUCAGCAAGCUCGCCUGGAUCGAGACAGGAUUUGGCGUUGAUUCAGACCAAGAUUGCAAGUGUCCAUCGGCUGUUGAGCGAUAUCAAGGCUCUGCGAGCGGAUCGAGAGCGUGAUGUGACCACGAUAACAGAAUGCCGACGGGUCGCAGGGAAAUUCCAGACCCUGGGCUCGGAAUUGGAGUCGCUCGAGUCCCGAUUUACCGCUUUCGAGAUCACGGAUCCAGAUCAAAGGGGCACCUUGAAUGAGCUGAUCGAGCGAUCGAACCAGCUGGCAAACGAAAUCGUGCUUCUGGAGCAGGGCAUUAUUUACCGAUACGUCGCCCGUGACCCGUCUUGCAUCCCAAUGCUGAAAGAGAUCCGGGAUCGCCAGACCAAUAUUCAACAGAUGCAGGCUCGACUUCAGUCUGGAUUGGAAAUCGGGGAGCAAUGGGAAUUGCUAUGGGAUCAGUUUACGGACCGCGUCAGAACUCUGCAGCAGUAUCUGGAUGGUACCGAGAAGAGCAUCCUGGACCGCAGGAUCGCGACAAUCGACGGACUUGCAGACGGUGAGGAGAACUGGAAGAAGAGUGAGGAUGAACUGCACGAAGCCGAGGAUGCCAAUAACCAGACGCUUGCGAAUCUGAAGGAGUUCCAGAAGCAGCGGAUGUUGGAGCUCUCGAACUUAAAGGUUGCACUCUACCAGUCGGUUCAGCAGUCAGGCGGCAUCGAGAGUUUGGACCAGAUUCGGGCGAAGCAGUACCAUGAGGCGGAGCAGCUACAGCAGAAUCUGAAGGUGCAUCUUCAGAGACUGUAUACUCUGAAUAGUCAGGAGGGCUUCCAGUUGGAGAUUCUAGGGCAGCGUCUGGUGUGGUCGCAGCAGCUCGCAACGUCCAAAACGGAAGUGGAAGGGUCGAUUGUAGGAUGCACAGGCAUUGUCGAGGAAUUCACGCAAUUGUUGACAAAAUGCGGCGACUCCAGUGAUACCUCAUAUCUGAAUACAAAAGCGGCAGAACAGCUUCAACAGCAAAUGCAUCAAAUCUCUGCCACUACGGCGACACAAAAAGAGACGACCUUCGAUGUGACCCUGACCAUCUACGGAUCCCUGGCAGAGCUCGCAACGACCCCCGCUCCUGGCGAGUCGCCCGACAACGCCGCCGAAAAGAAGAUCCCGCUGCAUCUAGAGGUCGAGUUGUACGAGUUCAAGAAUCAAUACAAUCUACUGGACCUGCACCUAGAGUACGCCCGUCAGGUGGUGGAUCACGCUGGACUUGUGAUCGAGCACGUCCGGAAGAUCGAUUCGAUGGAUAGUGGGUUCUUAAGGAUGGCGACUGAACUCAAGGCGGAGAAGGAGGCCGACCGGAUUACGCUCGAAAAGCUGGAUGCGAUUCGUACAGAGCUCGAAGAAUUGACGGAGGAGGUAAGAGUCGUGACGAAAAUGCCGAGGCCGGCGGAUAAGAUUGCAGAUGCUUACCAAAAUUCGGGAUCAUCACAGCCGCGGAUUCGUGUGGAGUUGGAGAGGGCGCUGAAGCAGAGGCUGGAGAAGAGUCGGGAGUUGAGUCGGGCGCUGGAUCCACUGUUGAUUGAGUUCAAAGCGUUGCUGGCGUAUCAGGAUGGGCUGAGGAAACUGACUGAGGAAUUGAACGAACACGAUCGGUGGGUAACGAGAUCUGGGCAGAAGGUCCAGUUGAUGCAGGAUCAAAUCCGACAAAUGUUCAAGUCUUGGCCCGGAGAUGAGCUGGAGCAGUUGAAGGCUGCCCAGCAUAACGCCGAAGAGUCCAUGGUGGUAUUUGAUGUAGAUGAGCAAGUAGUUGUCGACGAACUGGACGUGCUAAUCGUAGAAAUGGACCGGGAGUUUGCAUAUGUGCAGCAUCAGAAGCAAGGUUACCAGCAGAGCAAGCAAAAAGUCGAGCUGGCGUUGUGCGGCGCGACGGCACAUUCGAAGCAGUUGCAGAUGGAACUCGAGUGGUAUGUCGAUAACCUUGCCCGGAAGAUCCAGCAACUCGAGACAGAUAUCCGGACAAAGUCACUGCAACUCCAAGCGCUCGAGAAGCGUGCGGUCUGGGAGAAGGAAAUCGAGGUUGCGAGAUCAUGGUUUAAGGAUUUUGCAAAGGCUGUGAUUCUCUUUGCGCGUGAGCAGGUCAAAUGGCGGGCGAACCAUCGGGAAUUCGACGAUGCAGCUUCAAUGCGUUCCGUGCGUACGACGGCCAGUCGGAUGCAGAUCGAUCGGCUGGGAUUAUCCGUGAUUGAAUUCGAGGACCAGGUUGAGAUUUUCGAGACAGAGUCCCGACCCAGGGUCGAUAAGGCCUGGUCGGAGCUGUGCUCGGCCUUGGUGUUCAUUGCACGCUCGAUCCCGGAUGAGUUCCAGAGAAGACAGACGGCCCUGUGGAAGGAAUUUGAGGAGAUUCGGAAGCAGGUUACUUAUAGUGCACAGAUUGUAACGCAGCGCAAAUCCCUUGAGGAGGUCGCUUUGAAGUUAGAGGAGUUGGAGGGAUUGAAGGGAGAGAAUGGCGAGAGUGCGCUGUCGAUCAUGAGCGGUCGGACUGGCCUUGAGAUUAAGAGCGUCAAGACGAAAGGUGAGAACCCUGAUAUUAUACUGCUCACUGAUGCUGGUAAGAUGUCUGGCGUAAACGCGUAUUUUCUAACACUUUGUUUAAAAUGUUCGUUCUAUGAAAAUAGGAAAAGGAUGGAGUCGGUUCCAGGCUAAGGUCAAGAAACUGACCCGGAGAUAAUAAUAGUGUUCUUAUCAAUUAAUUCACAUAUACCCCCCCCCUCCCUCCCCUCCCCUCUUCAUCCUCAACACCAGAACCAUACCAACAGAGUAAAACACCAAAACACACACUUUACGGACGGCCUCUUGGCGGCGAACACCUGGAGGCCAUCUUGAUGACUCUUUUAAUGACCCUUCUAAUGAACCCUUUAAUGAUUUCCUUCUUUCUUUUUCAAUAAAAAAAGAGUGUACCAGAUAGAACAACAAU